AUGAGCUUUCGGGAAAAACCGCAUUUCCAAGAGGCGGAAGAGCAUAUGCUAGAGCCGAUGAUAAGGCUGCCACUUGUUGAUGCACUUCGGAGACUUUCAUCUAAACAAGAUACACAUUGUGGGUUCUUCGAGUCGCAAUAUUAUCACUGCCUGGAAGCAUUUGGACAAAAACUUGGCCGAAAGUAUUGCGAUUUGGAGCGUCGGGAUUUCAAUGAAUGCAUUACAAAUUACAAACAAAAAAAACGUGCUGAAUGGAUCAGAUUGCAAUACAGACUGCAUUGGGAUAGCAAAAAACAUGGACCACUGCCGGAAGGUGCAAAAAUUGGCGAAUGUCUUCCAGAUUAUUUUUCACACAAUCCUCCAGAUGCUAUUCAUUAA